GGAACAGAGCUUCCUAUUUUCUCAGAUAAACACAGGGCAGAUUUGGACUGUGGAUAAACAUUUCCUUUCAUCUAUAUGACAAAAGGUUGACCACUUUAGAGCAAUGAACAUAGUUCAACAUUCUUUCAUGUUUCUGUUUUUGUUUUUACUGGAAUACCCCCUUCGUAUGUGCUUGCCUUAUGUAGAUGGGUUUCAUUCUGUUGGAAAAACAACAGGCUCACCAGGCAAUAAACAGUCACAAACACUCAGAAACAUCAUCAAACAGCCCAGAAGGUCCUUUUGUGUAAUCAGAUCUCCUGAGAUUCUAAAGAUUUCCUUGAUACCCAAAGCAUGUUUCUGGAAUGUCCCACCCCUUUCCUCUAUUGCUGCCCCUAAAGACACAAAUAAGCUAAUCCAAAAAGUGUCUUUUGUUGCCCAAGUCACACAGAGCUGGGAAGAUGUCAGGAAGAGUCAAAUAGGAAAGGCAGAGGAAAGACAACAGCUCACAUUGCUUUAUGAAAAUGUCCAGAUUCCACUGUUAGCAGACCAGGAGGGCUCUGGGUUCAGCGGACCCAAGGAAUCUACACACCUGCUUCCAGAGAAUGAGAAGGAGCUGGGCAAAUUCAUCAUCUCAGUUAUUAGAUCAAAAAGAAGGGAAAAUAUUGAAAAGCAGAAAUGGAGAGAAGAGCAACAGUUAGUGAAAGAAAGGAAUGCCAUGUCCAAGGCAAAAAUGGAGAAUCUGUGAGAGCAGAGCAAGGCAAUGCAGGAUGUGCUGGCCAAGGUGAAGACAUGGCAGCGAUGGUGCAUGACUCAGAAGCGGAGCAGAGUGAGCUCCCAGAGAACUUGUGGAAGAGCACUCACAAGAAAAACAUGUCUGAGUGUGUAAGAGAAAAUAAAUUCUUAUGGUAUAGCAAGUCUGCAGUCUCAUAGUCAUAAGUCAUUAGUGGGCAAAUAGAAAAGAAAUCCAACAUUGGUAAGAGUGAAAGGGAAAUUGUAAGGAUUUUCUUCUCUUUCUCCUGUUCAGAAAUACAAGUAAUUUCUUUGGGCCAUCCUCUAGACUGUGCUAACAAAAUGU